AAGCUAUAGACGAGCUAAACUUUAAGCCCUGCUAAGCCUUUCUAACUCGAAUCAAACUGUUUCUCGCGAAUCCACAAGCCCUGUCCAAGCACAGCAUCAUCCUGGUUGGGGAAGAAACUGAGACUGCCGGUUACCAGGGUCAACCCCACAGAGAGGCGGGAGGGUAAACAUAUAUAUACCUGGGCAGCACGGCAUUGUAAGAACAGAGGAGGAAAAGACUACGCAAAUAUUAGAACAGUCCUACAGGAUUUGUGAACAAGACCUGAACAUGAUGGGUUUACUGCAAAGCUUCCCUCAGUUCUCGAAGCUACCACUCGAGCUGAGGGACCAGAUCUGGGGAUACGCCCUGCCAGAAGCAAGAGUAUACGAAGUGCUGGACUCUCCUUGCACGGCACAAACGCAGUCAACGCCAUCAAGUCAGCUCAUGUUUGCAGACGUUCGCAACGAACCACCGCCGGCGGUAGCCAGAGUCUGCCGGGAUGCACGACAAGCAGUCCUGCGUCGAUACAAACCCAUAGUCUUCUCGAACACAAUGAAGCAUGUUGAUCUUUCAAGGGAUAUAUUGCUAUUAGACUCAUACCUGCAAGUCAAGCGGUUGCUAAAAGUCGUGCGCCUGCUCAGUCAGGUUGAGGCGGUUCGUACGAAAGCCUGCCGCAUUGCCUUGGGCACGUCGUGGGGCUUCUAUACCGGUCUCCAUCUACGGCUCUUUCACAAGACGGUCCAGACAAGGAAGAACAUGGAGAAGUUCAUGGAACACAUAUCCAAAUUUCGGCGGUUGAAGACAAUUAUCUUGGUGGUUUACCAACGUUCGGCCUUCAAUUUGAGAUUGAAAGACCCUGACCGACAACCUCUGCCGUGGAAACACUACGACUGGUACGAGCCGUACCACUUCAAUUUUAACGUCAACUUUAACUUCGAUAAUUACUUUUUACGACGGCCGUAUCAAAGCAUGUUGGUGCGCUACGAACCCGAGGUAGAAAAAGUCAACAUGCCAUUGCAAACUGUACCAGUAUCAAAACAGCAGCAGAUCGUCGACCCCCGCCCUCGUGGCUAUCAAGUCCACGACUUGAAGGACACAUUCGAAGACUGGAUCAAGAAGUUGUCAGAAGAAGGAUCGUUGAAAGACUUUGAGCCACCGAGCUUAGAAACAGCGACUUUGACAUGGAUUUAUACCGGAUUCAGCUACUAAAUCGGUGUCUGGCACAUCGUACAUAAUGUAAAAUAAUGGUAGUUACGAAGCACGAUUGCAACGAUUUAU